AUGCUCAUUUCCAAUGCGGGCAUUCGACGCGACCCUCCCGUGGCCUGUAAUGUGUUAACGGCGUCGCUAUCGGAGCUGCAAGCCUCGAUGUGGUCUUCUCGAUACGACGACUGGGAAGCUACAUUCCGGAUCAACACCAUUGCGCAUUACUUCCUAUCUGUUGCGUGUCUGCCAUUACUUACUGCGGCUGCAGAGAUGGAUUUGGGAGAUGGUCGCAAGGGCAAAGAUGAUGGUAGGGGAGUGGUUGUCAUGACCAGCUCCUGUGCCAGCAUGCACAAUGCUACUAAUGUCGAUCUGACCAGCUACGCCACCAGCAAGGCCGCCACGGAUCAUCUGGUGAAGCUGUUGGCGGCCAAGUUUAGCCGGUUUUACGUGCGGGUGCUGAGCAUUAACCCAGGAUUUGUCCCGAGCAAGAUGAAUCCUGUUGGUAAAGAGGGGAAUAUCUUCAGCAAUUUAUUUGACAAGGUCCCAGCAAAGAGAGCUGGUAACGAGAAUGAUAUUGCUGGGGCAAUCAUUUAUUUGACGAGCACCGCCGGGGCUUAUAUCGAUGGUGUCUCUCUGUGCAUUGAUGGGGGUCGCAUACUUCUGGCAAACGGACAACAAUAA